AUGGUUACUGUGAAAACUGAGGAGUUAUGUUGUCUUCGUCGCCUUCCUGUUACCCGUCGUCUCGAUUUCACCGUUGGGUGUUCUCUUGACGAGGACAUCAAGGAAUGGCAGCUGCUGCUCUUUUCCUUCUUCCCUCGUAAAUUGUAUGUCAGGAAAGAUUCCAUUGAGCAAGUAAUGAAAGUUUUUCAGCAUGCUCUUUUUGAUGAUAACAAACGUGUCAUCUACGUAACGACGCCAAAAGAAGGGGUUGUAUUGGGUGAAGGCGGUGUUUUCUAG